ACAAAUAUUGUCCUGUUUUUAUUUUUCUGGAUUUCUGUGUGCUUAAAACGGCUUUACUAAUUUCGGUAACUUAUUUUAUAUUAGACACAUAGAGCUCUUUAAAUUAUUAAUCGAACACGAUAAGAAGUUUGACGGUAACGAGUUAAAUGUUUUUGCUGCUUAGUAGGAAGUGAAGUUUCAUAAGUUAAAUUAUCAUUAAAUGGGAGUGGAUGUACAAUAAGAAUGAAGUGCACAAUCUCAGAAAUAUCGUGGCAUAAUAGGGAUCCUAUUUUAAGUGUAGAUAUUCAGCAAAAUUCCAGUGAUACGUUUAUUAGUUUAGCAACCGCCGGUGCUGAUUAUCACAUUUUUAUCUGGCAAGUUUUAAUAGAUGAAUGUAGCAAAACUAAUCUGGAAGCAAUCAGUGACCUAACAAGACAUCAAAGGCCUGUUAACAUUGUUCGGUGGUCUCCAUCAGGGCAAUAUUUGGCAUCAGGUGAUGAUGAUGCAAACAUAAUUAUUUGGCAACUAAAGACAGAUAGCAUUCCUUCAUUGGAUGGUGAAACCAAUGACAAAGAAACUUGGAAUGUCUUCAAGAUAUUCCGAGGGCACAAAGAAGACGUUUACGAUUUGUGUUGGUCUCCAGACAACUUAAGAUUAGUGUCAGGAUCUAUAGAUAAUACCGCUAUCAUUUGGAAUUUGGGAAAAGGCAAGAACGAGCACAUUUUUGCAGAGUCCAAAGGGUUUGUGCAGGGAGUUUCCUGGGACCCAAAAAACCAAUACAUUGCUCUGUUAAGCAGUGACAGGGUCUGCAGGGUAGCAGACCGCAUUACAAAACAAAUCAAGUUUAAGUCAUUUAGGGGACAUCUGCCAGUCCCAGAAUCUCACAGUUUAUAUGAAAAGGAUGUCAAGUAUUUUCACGAUGAUACAUUCAAAUCAUUCUUCAGAAGACUGAGUUUCUCACCAGAUGGUAACUUGUUGGUAGCACCAUCUGGAUGUAUUGAAUCAGAAGACUGCCGAAGAUACUUAAAUGCCACAUACAUCUACACAAUGGACUCCUUAUCAAAACCUGUGGCUGUUCUCCCCUUGACAAAACAAAGUUCGAUUGCGGUACGUUUUUGUCCAGUAUUUUUCGAGCUUCGAUCUGAGGGCCCUAAACCAUUCAUAGAUCUUCCUUAUCGUAUGAUUUUUGCUGUUGCAACAGAUAAUGAUGUUAUUUUGUAUGACACCCAACAAAUGACACCCUUUGCAAUCCUCCAAAAAAUACACUACACCCGAUUAACCGACUUAACUUGGUCUGCUAAUGGAACCUUACUUAUUGCAUCGUCGACUGAUGGUUUCUGUACCAUCGUCACGUUUGAUGAGGGAGAAUUGGGGCUGCCGUAUACCCUGGAAGAGAGUGAACCUGAGGAAAGUCCUCUUGAUGUACCUGAGAAUGAGAAAAAAGAAAAAGAUAUCGAGAGGCCUACAGCUGUUAAUGUUCUUCAGGUAAAAAGGAAAAAGGUUGAAGAUGCUAAACCCAAAAAAAUGAAUCUGUUAGAAAAUUGGGCUAUCAAAAAUAACUAUUCUGAAAAAUCUAAAGAAAAAAGUUCUGAAGAAAUUGUAGAGGAAAAAAAUAGAGUUAACAUUAUUCAACCCAAAAGGACUAAGCCUGAGUCUGAAGAAGCAUCAGAAGCCUCUAAAGAAAGAAAUAGAGAAGAAAAUAGUAAAACGCUGAAUGAUACCGAAUGCAAAAUUGUAAAAGGAAAACAUGAAGGAAUUAACGUUCUUCAACCAAGAAGAAAGAAAAGUGAAGAAAAAGCACUAUCUAAAGUGCCUGUAGUUGAAGAAACACCAGAAGUAUUUAAGGAAAGAAAUGCUAAAACGUUAAAUGAUAAUAAAUGUGUAACUUUAGAAAGAAAAUUUGAAAGAAUUAACAUCCUUCAACCCAAAAGGAAAAAAAGUGAGCAAAAGGAAUCUCCUGAAGUGCUUGUAACUGAAGAAACAUCAGAAGCACUAAAGAAAAGAAAUGCUGAAGAAAACUGUAUAACGUCGAAGGAAGAGAAAUUUAAGACAAUUAACAUUCUACAACCCAAAAGGAAAAAGACUGAAGAAGCAACGUCGUCUGCAUUAAUUGUAACUGACGAAUCAGAAAAAUUAAAAGAAACAGAUACUGAAAAAGCAGAUAAGACGUUAAAUGAAAAUAAAAGUAAAACUGUAGGAGAAAAAUCUAAAACUAUUAGCACUCCUCAACCUAAAAGAAAAAAGUCUGAAGAAACGGCGACGUCUGAAUUAAUUGUAAUUAAGGAAGCAUCAGAAGGUGUUGCAGAAGAAGACAAAACAAAAAGUAAAAUUGAAGGAAAACUUAAAAAAAUAAACAUUCUUCAACCCAAAAGAAAACAUACUUCAUCUGAAGAAACACCAAAAGAGCUUAAAGAAAGGAAUACUGAAGGAGCAGGUAAAUCAAUAAAUGACAAUAAAUGCACAAUAAAAACGGAAAAAUCGAAAAAAAUAAACAUUCUUCAACCCAGAAGAAAGACUGAUAAAUCUAAAAAGAAUGAAGUUGAAAAGAAAAGUAAGGAAGAAAACACAGAAAAUAGCAAACCAAGAAAAUCCAAUAUUUUGGAACAGUGGACGUUAAAGAAGCCUAAGUAAAAUUAACAUAAAAAGAACACUUCAUCUUAAGGAGUGUCUGUAACGAUGUAAUUGAAAAUUUCUCCAACAACUUGAAGACAAAAAAAACAACCCUGUUAGAGUAGUAGCCAAUGAAAAGAAUCGAGAAUUAAAGGAAAUUAUGGGGUAAAGUACAAAUUGUUUAAGGAACAAAAAGCAUUUAAUAAGUUUUUUAAAACGGGAAGUAAUUAAAUCAAUCUCAAAAAGGGCUUUGCAAAAGGUUGUAAAUAUUAUCUGUUUUAAAAAA